AUGCCUUCUGCACGCAAAUGCUCCGUCUGCAAUAAAGUGGAAACCUCAGAAAAGCCGAUUCAGCGUUGCGCGCGCUGCCAGGACCGGCUCUACUGCGGAAAACAAUGUCAAAAAGCAGACUGGGAAGCGCACAAGGGCUCCUGUCGAGCAAAGAUCGGUCUUGCUUGGUACGAUCGCUACAGGAAAUGCAAAGAUGGGAGCCGGCACGAAGGCAAACUCGAACUUAUCACCUGGCCCUCGCCUAGAGAAGGGUUGGGGUGGGGGGCAUGUUUUGCGGAGGAAUCAGACGACCUCAAGCGGAAGUUCGAAGAGGAAUACGGAGGAGAUGAAGCGAAGUUUUAUAAGUACUGGCCGCAAGGGUUCCGGUGGACUUGUUGCGGCACCGAUGCCGGGAUGAAAUGGGGAUGCGAUCACCAUGGGACGGGAUCGAAGCCGUGUACUUGCGAUUUUUGCAGGAUGGGGAAGCAGCUACCCGACAGCAUCUACAAGAAACAGAGUGCGCCCCGACAUGGCCUCAACCUUUCGCGCGGUCCCGAUCCACGCUCGUUCCAUCCUUCGCUCGCUCAGGCAGCAGCUGCUGGAAGAUCCGUGAUGGGUCUAGAGUUGUGA